CAAUCUCCAGUCUCCCCACGAGGCACACACCACUCGAUCGCCCCUCCAGCUCUAUAAGAAUAACAAUUCUGUUACAAACCAAAUUAAAGAUCGGGCGAGCUCAGACUCUGAUCUCACUCUUCCAUCUCUCUCCAUGAUCAUGAAGUUUAAGCAAUGGAUCAUGGUCAUGGGCGUAAUCUGUGCGUCGUUCUUCCAAACUCUCAUUCCAGUGGAGUCUCUUCCCGUAGCUCACAAAAUCAAAAGUCUGCCUGGCCAGCCACAGGUCACUUUCCAACAAUUUGCUGGCUUCAUCACCAUUGAUGAACAGCAACAGAGAGCUCUUUUUUACUACUUUGUUGAAGCUGAAGGAAACCCUGCUUCAAGGCCUCUUGUUCUCUGGCUAACUGGAGGGCCUGGUUGUUCAUCUAUUGGAGCUGGAGCUUUUAUUGAGCACGGACCCUUUAGACCAAGUGGAAAUAAUCUUGUCAAGAACGAGUAUAGUUGGAAUAAAGAAGCAAAUAUGCUGUACCUGGAGUCACCAGCUGGAGUUGGUUUUUCUUACUCAUCUAAUAAAUCAUUUUACAGCUAUGUGGACGAUGAGAUUACAGCACAAGACAGUCUCUUGUUCCUGAAACUCUGGUUUGCCAAGUUUCCAGAAUACCAAAACAGAGAUUUUUUUAUCACAGGAGAGAGCUAUGGCGGUCAUUAUGUUCCACAACUUGCUCAUCUCAUUGUUCAGUCCAAUGUGAAGUUCAAAUUGAAAGGGAUCGCUAUAGGGAAUCCUCUUCUGGAAUUCGCCACUGAUUUCAAUGCUCCAGACGAAUAUAACUGGUCUCAUGGCUUGAUAUCUGAUGCUGUUUAUAGCCUUCUCAGUAAAUAUUGCAACAGUUCUCAGAUAAUGCGAGAGGCCAUAAAUGGCAUUGUUUCUCCCGCCUGUACUGCUGUAUAUACCCAACUUUCAAGAGAACUUUCUCAGUCAAUCGAUCGAUACUAUGUCAUUGGUGAUGUUUGUGUGCAGUCAUCUGGUCAAUCUCAAGUGGAGACUCUGUAUCACCCUCUAAAAUCUAGAUUUGAGACUUUGUCAUCUUUUCAUUCACUCUCAGAUGCUUCCAGUCAACAGGCAGUUAGGCAGAGCAAGGAAGAUGUCUGCGCUCAAGAAAAUACAGCCCAGUAUUUGAACAGGAAAGAUGUGCAGCAGGCUCUCCAUGCCCGGCUUGUUGGAGUCCCAAAAUGGGUUUUAUGCAGCAAAGUUCCAAACUAUGAUGCGAGAGACCGAGAGAUACCUACGAUUCCUGUCGUAGGAUCACUUGUCAGGUCUGGCAUCCGGGCCUUGGUUUACAGUGGAGAUCAGGAUUCAGUUAUCCCAUUUACCGGGACUCGGACACUCGUGCAUGGAUUAGCAAUGGAGUUGGGAUUGAAUACAACUGUACCUUACAGAGCUUGGUUUGAAGGAAAACAGGUCGGUGGUUGGACACAGGUAUAUGGAAAGAUGGAGCUAUCCUUUGCCAGCAUAAGAGGAGCUUCUCACACAGCUCCUGCCUCUCAACCAGAGAGAUCAUUAACGCUCUUUAAGGGGUUUAUUGCAGGCAAAGCACUGCCAGCAACAUGAUCAAGUACUAAAAGAGAUAUCUCUACUCUCAUUAAUAUUUAUAUUAAGUUCUAAUAAGAGCUGAUCAUUGUUGUUGUAUGGCGGAUGCAUGUAAUAUUACUAUUGAGGAAUGCUUAGUCCACCGCGAUGGUUUUUUUUAAUUAUUAUUAUUAUUAUUUAUUUAA